GUACGCGGAGAUCUACGUGCCGGCCUCUCCUUUCCCAUUUCCCCGCUGCCCGGAGCCGCCCCGGGGCGGUACCACGAAGCCCGAGGCCUGCGCGGCGGUGGGGCGGGGGCAGCAGCCAUGGAGGUGCAGGUGGCUCCUCUGCGCUCCUGGGAGGAUUUCUUCCCUGGUUCCGAUCGUUUCGCCCGGCCCGAUUUCAAGGACAUCUCGAAAUGGAACAACCGGGUUGUCAACAACCUGCUCUACUACCAGACCAACUACCUGAUGGUGGCCGCCGCCGUCGUCGCCAUCGUAGGAUUUCUCAGUCCCCUGAAUAUGCUCAUUGGUGGUACCGUGGUGGUCCUGGUGUUCCUGGGGUUCGUGUGGGUAUCACACAAUAAGGAUAUAUUGCGCAGGAUGAAGAAGCAGUACCCAACCACAUUUGUGAUAGUCAUCAUGCUGUCUAGCUACUUCUUGAUCUCCUACUUGGGAGAUGUCAUGGUGUUCAUGUUUGGGAUCACUCUUCCUCUCCUCUUGAUGUUUAUCCAUGCUUCUCUGAGGCUCCGGAGCAUAAAGAACAAGCUGGAGAACAAAAAGGAAGAAAUGGGUUUGAAGAAGACCCCAAUGGGUAUCAUACUGGAUGCUCUAGAACAGCAGGAAGAGGGUAUCAACAAACUGGCUGACUACAUAGCUAAAGUCAAGGAGUAGGCAACUGCAACAUGGUGUUUUUACCUGUUGCAAGAGUGUAAUUGCUAUUUACUAUUGUUCAAGCUUGCUUUCAGUUUGUGUACAAAAAACAAGAAAUGCACAUGUGGUACAGAUUAAUUAUUGCAGGAUACAGUAUUCCAAGGAAUUCAGGGCUCCUCUAAGACUAUUAAAAGAGUAACUUUUUUGUUGUUGUAUAAUUAAAUGUUCUGGUGUUUACACAAAUACCAACCUAAACAUAUUUCCUUGUCUCUUCUUCUUGGUGGGGAAAAAGGGAGAAGAGAUGGAAACCUAUGGAAUGCAGUCUCUUAAAAUGUCUUGCAGCAAAUUUGUCUGUUAGUAAGAGUAACACUCCUUUCAUCUCAGUUCUCCAAGAGGGCAGUUUAGCCAGUUUGUUAUGCUGUGUAGCAACUUCAUGCUGGCAGUCUUCAAAGUGAGCUGGAACGUAUGGAAAGUAUGUAUCUCUUGCAUCUUCUAAACCCCUAACUCCGUUGGUCUUGUAUUGAGACCAUGUUGCUAGCUUAACUGGCAAGUGGUCAAACUGUGCAAUACCUGUAACCAGUAUGGGUUCUGUCCUCACCUCACAUUCCUCCUUUGGUAGCUGGGAAACAGUCUAUGUAGAUCUAAGCAUGAAGAGUAUAUAUGGCACCGUGCUUCUCGGUUCCAAUAAAACAUAACUUUGUGCUCCUUGAAAUCUUCAUUCUGUUGAUCUCUAGAAGCUGCUCUUCUCUGCAGGAGAGGCAGAACUUCUUCAUGUAACUAAAGCCAAGCAUGGGAGGAAAAAAUGUUUUUGGAUAAGCUAGAUGAAUUAGGUUUCUACCCUAUUGCUGUUUUUAAACACUGCUACUUUAGGACUUACCUUGUUCUGCUUUAUUCUGUAUCAGCUGUUUUGUAGAUGAAAGUGUAUGUAUGUUUUCAUGUGUGGUUUGUUUGGGUUUCUUCUUAAGCAGAAUGCAAAGAUUGAAGUAAAACAUUACUGACUCUAGUGCUGACAGUCUUCAAAAGAAUAAACUGGGUCCCAGGUUUAUGAGUAAAAGCAAUAAAUGUCAAGAUACAGUUAUUGAAUACCCAUUCCAAAUUCAUACAGACGCUUGCCUGUAACAACUCCUGACAGUGCUGUGUGGGAUUCUUUUAUAUAUAUUUUAAAUUAAUUACCAGCUCUGAUGGAAUUGUCUUGCUAAUAGCAGCUUGCAAAAUAUAAUGGGGAAAAAAAAUGAUGUCCAGGUGACACGCCAUUUCAAAUUUUCUUGCAUUUCUCUUUUUCUAACCAAGUAAAUAAUAUAACAAUAAAGCAAACAUCCUUACAGUUGAAGCUUUUCUGUAACUUACCAUGCUGUUUUCAUAGUGAGCUGUGUAGAAAUCUGAACACGUCAUUCCAUUUGAGUGUUAAAGUGAUCAGUAUUUAUUGAACAUAAUUCCAGCUGGAGAGCCAAUGGCCUGUUCCUCACCUGUAACGCAUGGUCUUUGUUUCUGAGAACUGUUUCCACACUUCAAGAUAGUAGCCUAUGGCUUCAUCAUUACUGUAGAAUUUUAAAGAACUGCACAGUUAUGAAGAAAAAUAAACUCUAAUGGUGACUA